AUGGUUCUCAGCAAGAAACUGAUGGCUUGCCUACUACAGAGAAGUUGCCAGGAGGGCUUCUACUGGACAGGGGACUUCUGUGUCCACCACACAGAGUGUGGACCUGGACACGGUGUCAGAACCAAAGGUACACCACAAAUGAACACUGUGUGUGAAAAGUGUUCCAAUGUCUCCUUUUCACACACAUCUUCAGCCACAGAGCCGUGCAUAAAACACACGGAAUGCACAACUGAACAGACUGUGCUCUUUCCCGGCUCAGUUUUCCAUGACACAGUGUGUGGUUCCUGUGAGGACCUUACAAAUGGAGGUGACUUUUUCAGGUCUUUCCUCUCUGGAUUUUUUUCCACUCACAGUGUGCGUGUGAGGAAAAUGAAGAAAUUUGUUAGCAGACACAUCCAGGAGGCAGGCAUACCGAGGCGCUCCAGGGGUACGGCUCUGCACAGACAGAGAGUGAAGCUCCUGGAACAAAUCAAAGCGUGGCUGGCCCACGCUCCGGAGGAGCAGCUGAGGCAAGUGCCUCAGAUGUUGACGACUUCACGGCUCACCUCCUUGGCAGACAAACUGGAGAAAAGGCUCAGUGAUAUUCAGCGACAUGGCUCAAAUUGUGGCUUAGCAACAUGAGAAAGCAACACACUUGUAAGAAUAUGAAGUUAAAAGCCUACCUCUGUCUGGAGUCUUAAUUAUACACAUGAAGACCUUUCUGAGUAGAAUUAUGUUAAAUUUCCAAUCAUCCUAAUCUUAAUUAAUCCAUAGAAAAUUAUUAUGAGAAAGAUGCUCAUCGACGGCUGCUUUGAAGUGAAUCUUUUUUUAAUUUUCAAAGUGCAAGUCUUAUUUGUCUUCAGCGGUUUUCUGUGUAUAUUGGACUCAGACUAUUAUUUUAGUCCAGAUUUAUGAUAAGAAAAAAGUGACUGACGUAUAAAAUGUAAAAUAAACCAUUUUGUUUGUGUAAC